CGGCGCCAAGGCAGAGCGCUUGGAGGAGCGAAGGGCGUGAGUGGGCGUGAUGGACGCGUCGGGCGUGAUGUGGGCGUGAUGGCAGGUGUCAUGUGUGGGUUUUUGUGCCAAAAUGAAAUGCACGUAUAGGCUAGUGGUCGUGCUGGGAGGCAUAUUAGGCCUCUUGUUGAUGCUGGGAUUCAGUGGAGAUGUCACAAGAAUGCUCAGGUCAGAGGUCACGUCUGGUUGCGUUGACCUCGUCUCCUCCCAACCCAGGGCGCCCUCGGACACGGAGAUGCCAAGCAUCAAGCCACAAGAAAGCACGCUGGUCCAAGAAAUCGACCAGAAUGCCGUAACACAUCGUUUGGUCCCAACUGUGGGGUCAGCCACCCAAGCGCGGCCCCACGAAGGCGAAAAUCGCAUCCCUAAAUCAGAUGCCGUUGCAGGGAAUGGCAAGGAAAAGAUGGUUCUUGCUGUGGUUUGCUGCGGGAACCGUGUAAAUGAGACCCAGAUAAUGCUGAAGUCUGCGGCAGCUCUCUCCCACUCCCCCCUGACAAUGAUUGUGUUCACUGAGGAUGAGCUGAAACCUGUUUUCAAGCAAAUGUAUAUUUCAUGGCCAGUGAGUGUUCAAAAGAGGAUAACACUUGACCUCCACAGCAUCACCUUCCCCCCAGGCCAGGAUGCAAAAGCAUGGAGGAAACUCUUCAAGCCAUGUGCAUCACAGAGGCUCUUUAUGCCAUCCUUGUUAAAGGAUGUGGAUGCACUGGUGUAUGUAGACACAGAUGUGAUGUUCCUUGCACCUUUAGAAGAGCUUUGGAAACACUUUAGUGCCAUGAAUUCAUCACACAUGGCAGCAAUGGCUCCAGAACAUGAAGAUUUAGCCACUGGGUGGUAUAACCGGUUUGCCAAGCAUCCCUACUAUGGUAGAUUAGGUGUGAACUCGGGAGUGAUGCUGAUGAACCUUACAAGACUCCGAAAAUUUGGGUGGGAGGAGUAUGUGGUUCCAAUCUACAAGCACUACAAGCUGGCUAUAACAUGGGGUGACCAAGACAUCAUUAAUAUUAUCUUUCACUAUCAUUCUGACAAGCUUUAUGUUUAUGGCUGUGAGUACAACCUUCGACCAGAUCAUUGUAUGUACAUGAGUGUAUGCAAAGCAGCUGAGAAGCAUGGGGUUUUUGUCCUGCAUGGAAACAGAGGAACUUUUCAUAGUGACAAACAACCAGCUUUUCGAGCAGUUUAUCGUGCUUGGGAGGAGUAUAAACUUGGUGAUGAUCUGAGGCAGAACCUGUACUACCCAAUGCAGCGUUAUCUCAUCAAAACCACCAACACAAACUGCGGGAAGAUCCACAGUGCUUACCUAAAGGCACUGGGGUCUCUUGUGAGGCUUAGAUGACAGGGGUGAAUAUAGUUUCUACUUUUUUAUAUAGUUUUGCUAUGUUGCCUGUAUCUUUCUAUCUUUGAUCUUGAUUAUAUGUUGAUGGGCAGCUUACAGAAAUUAUUAGAUAUAUUAUUAUUAUUACCUGUUGAUCAGGACCCAAAAAUAUUUUGUACAGUAAAAGAAAAUACCUUUUUCUUAUUUCUUCUCUUUCUUUUAUAUAUGUUUACUUUUUAAGUUGGUACCAAAGCCAUGGUUGGAGUGAUUUUUUGCAGCUUCUUACAAUUACUGCAGCUGAUCUUAAGUCAUAUCUAAAACAUCAAAAGUAAGAAAAUGAGGUGUUGAUCUUUACUUAUAGUUCAUAAGCAAAUAUGUAUAUAUAUAAAUAUAUAAUAAGGAAGAGAUUUCUUUACUAAGGAGAGAUAUUAUGUUGUGUAAUAAUUAAUCUCUUUUCAAGGUAAUCUGCUCUAGAAAAAUAUGAUCUUUCAUUUGAAAUGUCUUAGUACUUUUCAAAAUAUCUUUCAAUUGAUACAGGAGAGACCUUUAUUUCAAAGAACAUGUAAUUGCAAUAUCUUUAAGGUAUACAAUAUAUUUAAGGCAUAUCUUAGCAAAUAUACUGUAACAAAUGAUUUCCACAUACAGAACCACAGAAAAUAUGGGAACUCUCAAGCCUUCUCCACAGAGUUUGUGUCCACUGAUUUGCUGUGUUUAUCUGCCUACCAAAUGCUCCAGUAUACUAAACUGUAUAAAGCAUUGUUGCUGUAUGGGACAUGAUAAGAGAGAUUGAUGAGUUGCAUAAUUAUGGACAGCAUUUUUUUUUCUUAAUUUCUUUUGACACCUUAUUACCAUAUCGCAGAGUAAAUUACAAAGACCUUAUUUAGCUACAGAUGGCUUGCAUUACCUUACCUUGAGGGAGCCUGUGGAUAUUUAUGAGCAUGCAGGGAAGCAUAUAAUAAGCUUAAGUAUAUAUGCAAAAGCCAAGAAUAGAAAGAGAUUGGGGAUUUCAGCUAAAGGCAAAUAGGCUCACUAAUUGGAUAGUGCGAUUACGAAGCACCAUUGAGUUAUGUAAAGUGUAGAUUUCUGAAUGCUUUUCUUGUUAUGAGCAGUAGCUUGAAGACUUUAUAGGGCACCCUGGCACAGAUUAUAGGCUGAGCUUCAUUUGAGGCAUAUUCUGGUUCGAAAAUAUGUUCAAAAUUGUUUGCUCUUUAUGGCAUAGUCAAAAAUAUCCUUCAUCAAUAUUCAUCCUCCCUCAUGCAUAAAAUCCAUGGUUUUGCUUGGUAGGUAAGGUAUUUUGGUUUGGGCAGAAAACAGUGACAGAGUCGUGAGCAUGAAUAAAAGCUGAUGUUAAAGUCUCAUGCAGCACACUAGUGCAUACCAUUGCAUUCCAAGAUGUGAGCAUAUGGUUGGCUAAUAAAUGUGGAAAGUAAAUGGAUAUCCAACCACUCAGUAGAAGGCUCAAGAUUCCUCAGACUUUUUCCAGGUACUGGAGGUCCCUAGUGUGAAUCUUAAAGAUUGCUAUGGAAAUCCAAUGCAAUUUGUGAAUAAACUGAUGAUGCCUUUCUAAAGGGUUGAGUUGAAGGUUUGUAAAGAAGGCUUAGCAGGUUGUUUCAUUUUUACUAUAUAGUUUCAUAUUAAUUUUGCCAUUUGCUAUUGUGAGUAUUAUCUGAUAAUUUGAUGAGUAUGCACAUGUUGACCCCAGCCACUGUAAGUUGUCAGGGGAUUACAGAACUUAUAGUCGAACCUCGCAUUGCAAUUUUCCAUUAUGUCAGACCAAAUCUCUCAUUUGUAAACAAAGAACACAGUUUAGUCCUAGUCACUAAUUGUGUCUUGCAUGUAAUGGAUUCAUCUGUUGUAUUGGAUUUCAUUUUAUUUCUGAAAAAAACUCUUAAAGGCCAGUAAGAGUUAAAGGAUAUUUAGUUAUACCUAACAGUUUGAAGGAAUUCGAUUUUGUCAUUGUUCCCAGUCUUCCAUUUUCACUUUUCUUCUGAUUUGAUUUCGGUUAACUUUUUUGGUAUUGGCAAGUUACGUAAUUGUUUGGUAAAAUGAAGUCUAUGUUCGGAAUUCCAAGACAAGGUUGAAUCAGUUUUUAAGGGAACAUUUUUAAUUACACCAUUCAAGCCUCCUACAUUGUGUGUUUUGUAUAGGUGUUUGUAUCUACACAUCCACUUGAGAAAGAAACUAGACUGGUGGUACUAGUUCUGUUUCUAGGGAAACUCAUUACAAGUAGUAUUUUUAAUCGUCGGAGAUGGUAAACUUCAAGCUAGUCCACUUUUGUCCAAGUAACUUGAAGAUGUGUUAGAGACAUUUUGAAAAGCCAGAUACAGGGACAGGAUAGAAGAUGUGUUAGAGAUAUUUUGAAAAGCCAGAUACAGGGACAGGAUAGUUAAUGCUAAGGUAAUGAAUAUAUAUGAUAAUGUAAUUUUAUAAAUGAUUUAAGUCCCAGUAACUGGAAUUUGUUAAAGUCCUUAAUCUUUGUUGUCCUUUUAUUAGUUUUUUAUUUUUGGGACAGGCUAUUCAUAAAUCAGGAGUAAAGAAAUAUAGGUCAGUUUGUUGGCAUAAUAUCACACAUGUAUAUUUAUUUUUCAUUUGAUGAUUGUUCCUCACAGUGUGUUUAGAAAGUCUGAUAUCCAGCAAAUAUAGAAUUAAGAACAUUAGUUUUGUUUCAGAUGGAGAAAUAUUGAAAAACCGAUGCAGAAAAUGACACAAUUCAAGUUGAUACAUUUAUAUUUACAAACUGACACUUUUAUUUUAACAAGUAAACAUAGAAUCCUAUAGGAUUGGAAAUUUGGUUAUAAGAAUGAUCUUUUUGUCUAUGUGUUUUGGGAGGCAUUAGUUUUUUUCUUACUAUUAUGCAGCUAUGAAGAUCCUUUGGAAAUUAAUCACCACUGUAAUCAGUCAUCAGUGUAAUCAACCCACUGCUGCCUAAAAUGUGUAAGGUCCACUGUGGUUUUUUGUUAGUUUUGUUUAUACAGAGGUGACUCCACAAGUACUCAAUUACUAAGGAGUCAUUUAGAGGCUCUAUCACCUGGCUUCCCCAUUCCUUGAUUUUUUUGGGAAAGUUGUCUCUAAUUCUACUAAUAUAGAUACUGUUAUUAUUAUUACUACUAACAUUGUAAAUGUAUAAUGUUGUUGAAAUAACAAUAAAAAAUGAAAUAGUGAAAUGAUAAUGACAACGAAAGAUAAAAUACAAUCUUGCCGAAUAUCAGGGAAAAGAGAAACCAGGUGCAGUAUUAGGACUUAUAAUUGACUUCUUGGUGACAAUUAUUGAACUAAAAACAUUGCAGACAUGGCAUGUAUGUACAUUCCAUCCCUGGCAGCAUUGGCUAACCCAAGCUUUUAGUUAUAUUGUGCAAUUUAGUAAAGUUGAUUUAAAGCUCAGUUAUGAGUUCUGUAAAUAAAAAAUGCUAAUAAUUGUGUCAUCAUCUAAGCACAUACAGCUCUGAAACAGAUGGACGCAUGGAUUUAGACUUUACGAGAAUGGGAACCAUUUGUGGAGGUAUUUAAAACAAUCCUCUACAUGUUUAGGUCAAAUUAUUUAGUUUUAUAAAAGUUAGAUAUCAUUAUUAUUGAUAUAGAACAUCAUAAUGCCAUACAUUGUGCAAUAGUAUAGAAAAAAAGUUGUUUUGAUUACUUUUAUGUAGAAAUUAUUAGUAAUUAUUUAAUUGGAUAUGUGCUUCCAUAGUUCCUUAUUGAGUGUGCCAUAAAGUUUUUGUAUUUUUUUGCAAAGUAUAUUAUUUUAUAUAGAGUAACUGUUUAUUUGAGUUCUUUUUUUUUCAAAUAUUACUCUUUAUCAAGUUUCAAGAAAUGAAUGCUGAUGUGGAUAGGUAUUCAUUUAAAUGAAUUUAUCCUCGUUUGGGAGAGCAGCUUUAGUAGUAUAUUUGUAUUAUAAUAAGAUUUUGUGAGAAUGGAAAAGAGUAAUUUUAAUUUAGCCUGCUGGAGAUACCUCUUCAUAUAAUCCUUGGGCUGACUUCAUCCUGCAUGCAGGCAUCUACACAUUUCAGCUUGUGGGUGUAUGUACUGGUGAACACCAUGAAUGGCAUCUUGCUUCAUCUUGAGAUGUUAUUGAUACUGACAUCUGUUCUCUUUUAGCUAAGAAUUUGACACAAAGAUAAAUUUUAUGACGAUAUUUGUAUAAUUCAAUGUGACAUUUGAACUUGUGUUCAGACGCCUACACAUCUUGACUCACAUGUGCAUAACAGACAAACACUGUAAAUGUGUUGGUACAUACAUGUAGGAUGGAAUCAAACUGUCCAUUAUAUGAACAUCUUGUCAGAAUUUCUUUUUAGUGAUAUCUCCAACAUCCAUUGGUAUUUAUAGGAUUUUACUUUUCAUUUGAUUUAUUAUUAAUAUUAUUAUAAUUGUUUUUAUUACUGUUAAUCUUAGUAUUUAUCAGAUAGUAAGUGUCAUAUGAUUAAAAAUUAUUAUCUAAUGUAUUCCUUACAUUACAUUUUAUGAAUUCAUUAUAUUAACAUUUAGUAAAAAUCAUAUGAGUUAUUAAAAUAGUAUGUAUUGUUAUAUUUUCAUAGUUCAUAUUUGUAGAAUUCACUGAAUUGUAAAUGGGUAUCAUUAUAAUUAUUGGUGCAAAUUAACACCUGGAUAAUGCAAGGCUUUUAUUCCAAAUUGCAUCUUUAUUUUAUACCUGAUUAUAAUUUUUCAUAUCCUUUUUUUAUUGUUAUUACAAAGUGAUUUGGAUUUUUGACCUAAGGAGAUAUGAAAUAAGUUUGUAUAACUCAAACAGCAUCCCAUACAAGCUGGCCUUGGCUGGAGCUUUUGUUAAAUCUGUUGUAUUUCUUAUAUAUUCAUUGCUUAAGGGAACUGUAUUGUUUAUUGCAUCAAAGGUACAUAUAAAACCGGUAGCACCACUCCUUUUAACUAUUGAAACCAAAAAUGAAAUUGACUUAAUUCUCUAGUGCUCUGAUGGCUGUUUAUGAUAUCGAACACUUUGUUAUCAUAAAUAAAAGAGUGGAUUUUAAAACUUUUAGUUAUUAUAACAAUAUUGAGUAAUUUGUCUAAAUAAUUAUGUAUCAGGGUAUACCUGAUAUCUUAUGGUUCACCCUCAUUGGGUAAAUACGUUGUCAUUAGCUCAGGCUCUUUUUUGCCCUGUUCAAUGUAUGCAAUAUUUCUUCAGUAUAUAUUUCUUUGAAAAUAGUUCAGUAAUGUGAUUUUGAAGAGUUGGGGCUUAGCUUGGUAGUUGCCAACUAUGAUUUUCAUCAAUGUGGAGUUAUGCUACAUGUUCUGGAGUACCUUGAUUAUUUCUAUAUUGUAUUUAGUUUUCUGAGUCAUGGAAAUUUACCUUCAUUAUCAGUCUUGUAUUGUUCAGACAUUCUUGAAAUCCUUCUAAGGAAAUUGAAAUGUAUAGGAGUAAUGGUUAAUAAGUAACACUAGUAAUUAAUUGCAAAUCUUCUUGGUAUAUGUUCUAGUCACUUUUCAUUCAAUUUAGGGUAUAUUCUGGCAGCUUACAUUGUAUAUUUUGUUAUGUUACAGUAACAUGAAAGAUUUAUAUUUUAUGUUUCUUUUAUAAAUGGUAUAUACACAAUACUUUGUAUUUAUAAUCUCAUUUCACUCACAAUUAAUGUUGUGCCAGGACUGGGAGCCAUGAUAGGUGAUUAGAAAAGGCAGUUAUUAUGUACAUGAUGUUUUUUUUUAGGAUUUUGUAUUACAGAAACCAGUGUAAUUCAGAUCUUCAAGAUAUGCCUCAAGAGGUGUCUCUAAAACAGAAAUCAAAUAACCAUCUCACAUUUUUGUCUUUUUGAUUUUGUUGACUUACUUUUUAUAUCCAUGUCCUUACAUCAAUUUUAUAUACAUUUUAAGAAUUAAAGGAAAAAAAAAACGUUGUUUUU